CAUCCUUCCACAACACCACUCCACCAUUUCCCUCCCAAACGUAGAAUGAUGUCCCACCUCAAAUACAUUACCCUCAUCAUAUCCCUUCUCUCCAUCCUCUCCAUCCAACCACACAUCACAUCAGCCACCGAACCCGGCAUUGAACUCAUUCGCGAAGCAUGUAAGGAUUCAUUGUACUACGACCUAUGUGUUUCAUCCCUCCAAUCAGACCCUGAAGGCCUCAAGGCCGAUAUUGCCGGCCUUGCAGCAAUUUCAAUCAAGGUGGCUCAUGACAAUGCAGUCCAGACAUACAAAUACAUCACUGAGGUUCUAAACAAGACGGCAGACGCUCUCGUUCAGCAAUUCCUGAAUGAUUGCUCUGAGAAUUACUCAGAUGCCGUCGAUCAGCUCGGCGACUCGAUCGGACAAGUGCUGGACAAGAUGUAUGGCGAAGUUAAUGUGAAGGUGACGGCUGCUAUGAGUGAUGUGGAUUCAUGCGAACAGUCGGCUAAGGAACAACCAGGCAAAGCCUCUCUUCUCAGCCAGCAUAAUUUCGAGCUGAGCAAGCUGUGCAACAAUGCUCUGGUCCUCACAAAGCUUAUAUCUGGUUGAUUUGUUUGAAUUAUUCUAUGUUCUAAUGAUUUUUUUUAUUUUUUUAUUAUUGAUUUGUUAUUAUUGACUGCAUUUUUCUCCACCAGAUUGUGUAUCAUGAUCUCAACCAUUCAUCUUGUGGACUCAUUCAUCAAUUGACCAUUAACUAAAAUUUACUCCGUUAUACCA